AUGUUAUUUUUGUUAGGCAGUUAGCUAAAGUUAGCCAGUUAGCCGGCUACGUCUCUCGUUGGAUGAAGAAAUAUUUCGGUGAAAACAGGUAGAUUGUGCUGGGAUGGCGGCCUCCUCCUCCUCCUCUUCGGCUGGGGGGGUCAGCGGAAGCUCUGUCACUGGAUCCGGGUUCAGUGCUUCGGAGCUCAUUCCCCCACGAAAAGUCCUCUACACCUAUCCCAAAGGAGCUGGGGAGAUGAUGGAAGAUGGCUCCGAUAGAUUUUUGUGCGAGUCUGUAUUCAGCUACCAAGUUGCAUCUACACUGAAGCAGGUGAAGCAUGAUCAACAGGUAUCUCGCAUGGAGAAAUUGGCAAGCUUGGUUGAAGAGCUAGAAGCAGAUGAGUGGCGAUACAAACCAAUCGAACAGUUGUUGGGUUUUACACCUUCAUAAACAAAGAGCAGACUUGGGGCCUUUUGAGGUACGGACUGCUUAAGAAGGGAAGAUUGGGGAACCUAUUAAGACAUUAAAACAAGUGUCAAAAGUAAAGAUCUGAAAUACAGCACUGACCACAGCCACCUGUUCUUUUGUCCUUUUAUAAGUAGUUGAUACUCCCUUAGUAAAUUUGAUCAAAAUAACUACGUAAAAUUAAUUUUUCAUGGUAUUUUUUGUAUUACUAUUAUUACAUUGAGAAUUUGGUGAUGUGUUAGAAAUAAUAAAAGAAGCCCAUUCAUUUGCAAGCUUUUCCAUUCAGCAUUUUAAGAUGUGACAAAAUUCUGUAAAUUAUCAUUUUUUUAGAACAUUUGCUUAGGGGGUGUCCCGAAAUAUUCAGAUAUCGACAUGUUUUGGCACCGAUGGCUUUUAAAGUAGCCCGGGGGGAGGUGGGUUUGCCAGUGUGGGGAGAGAUGGCAUGCCCUGGCCUGUUCCUGUCCUUCACAUUUGUUUACUUAGUUACCAGAGUUUUCAGUUCACCUCUCUCUAACCUCAGAAGCCUGUGGUGAAGACUCCUGAUGGAAUGGAUACUCAGACACUGGUUCUAAGCACUUGUUCCUUUUUUAAAAUCUACAUAGGAAAACUGAAGAUUAAAACUGGUAAAAAAAAAAAAAAAAUCUAUUGUUACAUUCUGACAGCAAUUGGUCUGGUUUGUAGAACCUCUCUUUAGACAUUUGGAUGAACAGAAUUCAGGAAUUUUUUUGCCAUAUUUCAUGUGAUUGAGCAAUUG